CACAAUGCCUCUGUACAAACUUGACACGUUCUUUCGCAUAAGAACAGCCGCUGAUACCCGAUCUUCGCAUCACACCGGCCCUUCGUGACACCCUGUGCCAACCUGCGCCUGCCAACGCGUCGGACAGCUCAGCCCCGUCGAUAACCCCACCCCCGCCAUAUUAAGAGCUUCGCUUGAUCCCUCCAGCACGCCAUCGCUGCUAGAUCCCAAAACGAACACCAUGGUCCAGCUUGAGUAUUCAGUCGAAGAGCCGCUGAAUCGCGAGCCCGAGUUGGAGACAUUGGUUUCGAGUUUCAUAACUCAGCCAGGCACCGGUUACGAUCGCAAUCAUGGUCCUAUCCCACACAUAUCCACUUCCACACACCGCGUGUCAGUCUCCGGACUUGUGCAUGAUGGACUGUCCCUCAGCGUCGCGGACCUGGCGUCUUUACCACAGCACUCCGUUAUCUGCGCGCUGCAAUGCGCAGGUAACAGACGCCACACGAUGCGCACAAAGCUCAAAGAAGUCAACGGAAUCGACUGGUUCGACGGCGCAGUCAUGAACUGCAAAUGGACAGGGCCACUCCUCUCAGACGUUCUCUCACGCGCUAAACUAGACGUUGAGAAAGAAAAGUGGGAAGAUGCACACGUCGCGUUCGCAUGCCAUCAGACGCCCUGCCAGGACGACGACUUCUACGGCGCAUCGAUACCGUUGUCACGCGCCAUGGACCCAGGGAGUUCGAUAAUCCUCGCGCUGCAGAUGAACGGUGAGCCGCUACCACCCAACCACGGCGCGCCAGUGAGGGUUGUCACGCCUGGGAUUGCAGGGGCUAGGAGCGUGAAGUGGCUGGAUCGCAUCACUGUGCAGAUGUGCGAGAGCAGUAGCUACUACCAGCAGCACGACUACAAGAUCCUGCCCCCGGAAGCGGAUUCGAAGGAGAAGGCGGAGGAGUGGUGGGGCAAGGUCAGCGCGCUGCAGGAUAUGCCUAUCAACAGUGUUAUUGGGGUGCCAAAAUCCGAUUCAACCGUGAAGCGUGACGAGGAUGGCAGAAUACAAGUCAAGGGUUAUGCGCUACCGAGUGGUGCCGAGGGACCGAUUACCAAGGUGGAAGUCAGCGUUGAUGGAGGGAAGACAUGGACGGAUGCGGAGUUGAUCAAGGGCCAGGACGAAGCAGAGGCGACAGAAGCAGACUUGAGAUGGGCGUGGACGUUGUGGAAUGCGAAGGUCAAAGUCGACGAGGGUAAAGACGUAAGGGUACUGAGCCGGGCAACAGAUAAGAGUGGCUCUACGCAGGCCGAGCAUCCCGUGUGGAAUUUCAGAGGCGUGGGUUACAACGGUUAUGGGGAGGUGUCUGGGCUGGAGGUUAUAUGAGAGGAGGCAUGCGGAAAGCGUGUGAAAAUGUUCUAGAUUUUGUCUUCUCCAUCAGCGUAGCAUUAGCCAGCUUAUAUGACCACGCUUCGUAAGAAGCUCACAUCACAUCUCAAACUCCCGUAUGCCAUGCCUCAUGAUUCAUUCAUUGCCGUGGUUCCCACGUGCCAUCAAAGCCCCAGACUCUUCCUCACGUUGCCCCUCACAAUCUUCUCAUACUCGGCCCUCCUCUCCCUCCACAUCCUUGCCGCAUCCACGUUCGCCGGACUCUCAUCGUUCGG